AUGCCUUACCCAUAUCCAAGGCCUAGCGGCAAUCGCAAUACCUCUGGUGGUUGUCCGCCCCAUAGAGAACGCCGCAAGCGACCUGUGUCCCUGAUCGCCCGUGUAAUGCGCUCACCCUGGUCCUAUCACCACGAGCUAUUCACUGUUGCACACGGCUCAGGGUGCGACUGGUGUACCCCGUUCUUGCAGCACGUCCGUGACCAUGUCCAUGCAUCGAUGAGCUUCGACGCUGCCAUUGAAGACAUGGUCAUGCACCUUUCCGAACGCUCCUACCAUGAUGGAUAUGAAUGUGGUUGGGAGACCGCCCAUGUGGACCAGGCCACAAACCUGCCCGACAUCGACCUGGCUGCCUUGUGUAGCCGCAUCAAGGCGCUCGAAUCUAAGCUUCAACACCUGAUGCCCGAGGAGCAGUGGGUGACUUACGAGAAAUUACUGCCCAAACUAUCCUUCUCCGAGCCUUUGACACUCGAUCUAGGAGGGGGAGGGAGCGUGGGAGCAUGGGACCCUCAUGCUCAACCUCACCAGAGAACCUACGAGAAUGUGCUAUUGGACCGCAAUGCUAUCGCCCUAGUGGCCCGCCACGUGGUGCUUCAUCACCUCCAAGGUCCUGCAUCUGAAGCAGAGGCCAAGCAAUUCAUUGGAGGCAUGAAGACACCUACCAUAGAUGGUGCCAAGGCGGCCGAGGUAGUACAAUUGUGGACCCAGGUGGCUCGAAGUAUACAAGUCACCAAGGUGUCAGAACUCUCUGUGGCUCAACAGUAUGUGCUUCGCCAUGGAGAACACCCUAACUGGCUCCGAAGUAAACCUGCGAUGGUGUGCGAAGCCCGCAAACUGGUCGAUCCGCAUCCGACGUGGGACACACCCCUUAUGGUGUUGGCAGACUAUUGCACGAGACACCUCGACUGGUGGCUCCAUGAUGUCACCGCACCCACUGAUGCCCGUGUUGACUUCAGAUCUAUGAUCACGACAAUGGCCGCUGACCUGCUAAGCAACCCGGACCACUUCGUGGAACAACGCACCGCUGCAGGCAUCAGCGGUGUGCCUCGCUCAGCCAACGUGCUCCCUCAACCGUUCAGGCUAGAAACUGCUCCAUUAAUGAUCGAUCCCAGCUCCAAGAAGCAUGCGCAACUCACCAUAACGCCUCAGACCCUGGUCCAGCACUUAUUCAAGUGCAGCAUAAUUCCUGACGGAUCUAUGGCAUACUUCAUCGACUGGGCUAAUCACUACUUCCUUGAGCCCAGAAGACCUGAUUGGAGACAUACUGAUCGAUCCGGGAUUAACCACGAUGACGGCGGUGAAGCAGGCCCACGCAGUAUACCUGACCCGAUGACAGCAUCAUCGGCAGCAGAACCUCAGGAACUGCAUGACAUGGAGAUGGCUGACGCGCGUCACGAACCCCAGGAGUAG